UAGUUCUAUCCAGUAGAGUGCCAAUUUUUUUUUUUCGCCACCGGCAAGUGGCAAUGCGCUCCACGAUAAUAGAAAGCUGAAGAGCAGUCGGUUAAUCAUCAAAUGACAAAAACGCCCUCCAUAACAUGCGUCAACGUUCCUGGAAUCAUCAGAAGUCUCCUUAUGGAUUUUACAGCUUAUUAGGGCAAAUAAAAUAGGGAAUACGGAUACCCAAAAAUUGGCCAUUUUCUCAUGAGCUUAUUAACCUCGGAUAUUCUCUCGGAUCAGAGGCUAUACGCACAGAGCCGCAGAGCGCAUCUAUUUUUCGCAUUUUCUGUCAACUCCCUCCAAAACCCUAAAAACACUAAAACCCUGAUUUUGGUCUCUCUAUCUGCAUGGUCUCCUCGCUCUCAUCUGCUGCAGCUCUGGAUCGCUUGAUUUCUCUUGGAGAUGGAACAAUCUUGGCGCUUUAGGCCGCUUCAAGGUAAUAUCUGCCCUACCUGUUCAACUUCUCAUUUUCCUUUUUGUCCUCAUCCACCAUUAUUCGAUCAAAGCGACUUCGGAGGUGAGGGCCUCCGUCGGUUUCCGUUAGAGAACGAUCGCCCGUUUCACAGACCCUUUUUCGAUCCUUUUCUGGAUAACCGGGGCUCCCCGGGGAUUUCCCGUCCUCUAUCGCAUUUUAAUGGACAUCCUAAUUCUAUGAUGCCGGUUCCCGGGCAUCCGAAUGAUGCAUUUGGAAAUUCACAACCUUGGCCUAAAUAUCAGAAUCACAAUUCAGAUAGAGAUUCGUUUCGGCAAUUUCCUCUCCCGUCACAAUUCACAGAAUCUGUACUAAUGAACGGGGUUCCCAGGGAUGGAUUUCAUCCUCCUCCGUAUGAUUAUGGUGGUAAUGAAUUUAUGAGGGGGGAAUUCGUUGAGAACGACAGAAUUCAUAAGAGAACGAAGGUUGAUGAGAUGAGUGCCAGCUCUUUUAUACAGGGACCACCACCAGUUCGCAACGAGUACUACCCAAAACAAAGUAGAAUCUCAGCAGAGGAUGAACGGAGAUUGAAUUUGAUUCGUGAUCACGGGGGAUCACCAAGCGUUGCACAGCCAAAAGGUGUGCUGGGAACAGGCUCGGGUCUCGGUCCUGGGACAAAUGAAUAUUUUCAUAAAGAUCCACUUCGCGAUAGGAGUUUCAACAGCGUUGAUAGUGGCGCAUGUGCCAAAUUUCACGACUGGCCACCGAAGCAUGCAAGCAACAUGGGAGUGAACGGUUGUCGUGAUUCAGGGUUUGGGCCUACUGAUCGUGAGGGAGCUCUUUUGCAUCCAGAACAUGGCCUAGACACGCGGAACCAUUCCAUGCAAGGCAUUGCAUAUGAUGAGAAGGGAUUCCACACCGGUGAACACAGGAAUGGGUUCCGGUCGGAUGUUGAGUAUGGUUUCCCCCAAAACAGAGAAAGGGGUACCAAUAAUGAGUUUACUGAUACGCAAAAUGAACAUUCCAUGCACUCUCGUUAUGGUCAGACAGAAAAUUCCUUGCACCACUCUUUGCAGAGUUAUGGGCCUAGAAACAUCUCACCAGUUGCCCCUGAUUAUAUUGACCUCACCAGGUAUUAUCAGGAACCAUUGGCUCUUCACGAAGAAGAAGUGUAUCAACACAAGAAGGGUGAGUUCAACCAGCAGCCACAAAUUCCUCAUCAGAUGCCUUAUCCCACUUCACAAGGUUCCCAUGAGACAUUCAGUAACCGAGAUCUUCAGCGAAAUCAACUGAACAAAUUUAUGCUAUCGAAGGAACCCCAGUAUCCCCAAGCAGCUAGCUGGCAGGUGCCUUCAGGAUCAAACAUGCCACAACAUGAGCAGGGAUCCAAUAUCCCUGUUGAAAGCUAUGCAUCUAACACUCAGAAUUCCCAUUCAUAUGCAUUGCAAAAUAGGAAUGAAAACAAACAUAAUCUCAGAGAUGCUAGUCAGCCUUUUGAAGCUAAACCUCCACCACCAGCAGAUGCUCAGGGAUCAGUUGGUUCCCAGCUUUUCCCUGUGGUGGAACAAUUUAGUUCACAAAAUGUGAACAGACAAGGUGGGUACUCAUCAUUUUCCACCGUAAAUGAUGUGGCUUCAACAGUACAAGUGUCUUCUUCCCGGGCAUUUGGCACACAUCCUCCUCUGCCUCCUUUGCCGCCACCGCCUCUUCCAGUGGAGCCACCAGGGCCACCACCACCACACGUGGAAGUUACAACUUCACCUUCCAAAAUAUCCUCUUCAAUAUUUCCUGUUCCCACUAAUGCUUCAGCUACUGUGCCUCUGUCACUACACCAACCAGCUCCAGAAGUCCAGCCUUUGGCACAGGCCUAUUUUCACAAUAAACAACAUUUCCAUUCUUCAACUGGUUUUAUCAUGGAGGGAUCACAAGUCAUCCACCAGCCAUCAUCUAAACAGUAUCUGGAUGAAGGGAGGCCUUUCCCAGUGAAGCAACCAUCUCCAGAUAAACCAAAGGCUGUUGAUGCUUCUUGCUUAUUUAGGAAACCUCAUCGAGCUACUCGGCCUGAUCAUAUCGUGAUCAUCCUUCGAGGUCUUCCAGGAAGCGGCAAAAGCUACUUAGCCAAGAUGCUUCGUGAUCUUGAGGUUGAAAAUGGUGGUGAUGCGCCAAGAAUUCACUCCAUGGAUGAUUAUUUCAUGACUGAAGUUGAAAAGGUUGAGGAGAGUGAGGGUUCAACUUCAGGGAAAGGAAAGAAACGCAUUACAAAGAAGGUCAUGGAGUAUUGUUAUGAACCAGAAAUGGAAGAGGCUUACCGGUCAAGCAUGUUGAAAGCAUUCAAGAAGACUGUUGAGGAGGGAAUGUUCACGUUCAUAAUUGUGGAUGACCGCAAUCUGCGGGUAGCUGAUUUUGCUCAGUUUUGGGCAAUUGCAAAGAGGUCAGGCUAUGAAGUGUUCUUGCUAGAAGCUACAUACAAGGAUCCCAUGGGCUGUGCGGCUAGGAAUGUACAUGGUUUCACCGCAUAUGACAUACAAAAAAUGGCAGAUCGAUGGGAAGAAGCUCCACCUUUAUAUUUACAACUUGACAUCCAGUCAUUAUUCCAUGGGGAUGAUCUUAAUGAGAGUGGCAUCCAAGAGGUGGACAUGGAUACGGAAGAAGUGCCUUGUGAUGAAGGUCUAACUGGGUUGCAGCAAAGAGAAUUUCAGAAGAUCAUAGAGUCAAGUGGAGUUGAUCGUGGACCUGAUGGUCUUUUGAAGGAUGGAGAGAGGUGGGCUGAAGGAGAUGAUCCAAUAGAAGUAAAAGAACUAGGAAGGAGUAAAUGGUCAGAUGAUGUGGAUGAGGAUGAUACUGAGAAGUCAGAGGGUCCUAAAGGCAAUUCAAAUGCACUUUCUGGGUUGAUUCAAGCAUAUGGAAAGGGAGACAAGUCUGUUCACUGGGGUGACCAGGCUGGAAAGGCAGGCUUUUCAAUAGGCGCAACAAAAAAGUUAUCUUUAGUAAUUGGGCCUGGUGCCGGCUACAACUUGAAGUCAAACCCAUUACUUGAAGAAGAUGAGGCAAGUGCAAAUGAAUCAAGUAAGGAAUCAAAUAGGCGAAGCAUGUUCCAAGAGCAACUUCGUGCAGAGCGUGAGUCCUUCCGAGCUGUGUUUGAUAGAAGGCGACAGCGAAUUGGUGGAUUUGAAAUGGAGGAUGAAUAGUAAUGCUGACUAGUACCCGCCAUGGAAGGUAUAUACAUGUUAUAAUGCCGAGAAAUUUAAGAUUGGGUCAUUGGGAGAGGUAAUGAAUGUGUUAUUAUCGGCUAGGCUUCUUUCCAUCAGCCAAUGCUUGUACAGAUGGAGAUAUGCCUCUUCUUGCUGAACCCCCGCCAGUUUGUUGGGAUAUUUGGAGUGAGGUUAUGAGUUAUGACAAAUAAUUGUUCCUUCCUAAGAUUGUCAUUGAAGCUGAAUUCUCUAGAGCUGGUAAACUUGUUGAAGAAUCCAAACUUGUGCUCCCUGUUGAGACUAGAGACUUCAAAGAUCUGUAGAAAAGUUGCGGUCUUCCUAGAAGUUUUUUAGUCUUUAAAUUUCUAUUUUACCAACAGGUCCAGAGUCGCAUACUGUAUCAUGCAUGUGGUAUGCUGCAAUGAGUGUUGAUGGUCUUUGUAUUUUUCAAGUCCAUGCUGAUUGUAAAGGCGGUACCCCUGCUGACUUUCUCUUUUGCCAUUUAAUUAAAAUUUCUCAAGUAUCCUAAAAAAAGGAUGGUCUGUUCCUGUUGGUCAUACAUAUUCCUUUUUCACUUUUGGCUGUAAAAUCUGUAAUGCAUUUUCUAGAAACUAAGAUAUUUCAGUCCUGAGCUUGUACUUGUAAUGAUUCUUGCUAUGAUGCCUCAGUAGACAUUUUUCUCUACUGAUGCCUCGGUGAUGUAUUAUCCAGCAUGGUUUAAAGUAUCAAAAUGAGACUCUGCCAAUACGUAUUUCUAAUAAA